AUGGCGUGUGGGUCGCUGCUUAGUGAAGAAGAUCUCUGUCGUUUCCGCACUAAGAAGUGCCGGAGGCUCGUCAGUGGCGCUUGCGAGUUUGGAAUUACGCGCUGUCAAUACUCGCACAACCAGUACUGGAGCCGCCGCUGCCCGAUUUAUCUUUCAGACAGAUCAUUCAUCCGGUAUAUUCACGUUCUUUGUCCGCAUGUUACCACAAAGCAAGCCGAUCCAACGGAGCGGCCAACCCAUGGCGGCGGGUGCGGCAGGCCUCGUUGCGCUCGACGCCCAGCAGGAAGUGGUGCUGUCGGACAGCAAAACCAGCACAUCAAGGGCAAUGGUAGACGACGAGGAGGAGAGGAGAUCCUGUAUCACCCUCUGUUCUAUAAGAUGAUCAUCUGCGAGAAAUAUCGAGAAGACGUGUGCGACACAUACUACUGCCCGUACAUCCACGGCCUUGCGGAAGCAAGACAGCCCAAACAGUAUAAACUACCAUUCACAACCGGCAUCGACAUUCCUCCGCUACCUUGCGUUACCAUUGUGGCGAAGAUAGAGAAAAAGAAGGCUCCACUCUCCACCCUGACCUUGGGGGAUUCACCGACUGCAGCUGCUGGCCCUAACGAGGCGCUUACCCGUGAAAGUGCGGGUUCGAUGUUGCGUCAGGCGGUUGCUGCCGCUCAGCGACAGCAUCAUCAGUUGCAACAACGUGGCUUCCAGUUUUGCCGAUCUCUCAAGAAUGCGGGUGACGGGGGGAUGCCCGGGGAGUCACGGUUGUCAGGAGAGCAGCUUGCUCACAGCACAAGCAGUGUGAUUGAGCAGGCGUCCCAGUCUAUGGUGCGAGCAUAUCCACAUUGCACAGGCGAAGCAGGAGCCUCUGUGAACGACGAUGGCUUUGCAUGCAAGGCACUGUUCGAUGCGUUGCGGACACUUGAAGGAGACAAUACUACCUGCACCCUGAGCAUGACGGGAGGAGGCCGACGGACGAGGGCGAGGGAGAGUGGGCUGGAGGCAGUAGCCGCUCGGCUGACAGCAUCUCGGCAUCGUUCUUUCUCGGGAAGCAGGUGGGCAAACAUUCGCCCUGGGUUGGCGUCACAGCUUGACAACACCGACGUCGGUGGGCGUGACAGACAGGUCGAAGAAUUGACACCUCCGAAGGCGGCUCCACCCGUGAUGCUUGGUGGGAUUGCCCCCGAAACGGCCGCUGCUCUGGCUUCCCGCAUGUCUCCUGUGCAGCUACUAACUGCUGCUUUCGAGUUGUGUGGCCACGACAGUCGGAACGAUACUAUCGGCUUCUCCCAUGAUGCUUUCGACGGUGCACAGAACGCGAGUACAGACCUGCCUGAUGUAGGACCCAGCGGCAAAUUAGCCGAGUUACGCUGUAGUGAAGCAGACAGACGCACAGACAAGCAGCUUGAAUGUGGCAUGGAGGAAGCGUCUGAAGUACCGGUAGGGCAAGGCGGCGCAGACAAUGAGCAGAUGGUGUCGGCACAGCGUCAGUUGCAGUUUGGACCCCAGUCCUCGUCGUGCAGUGGAAAGGCAGUAGAUCGGCUGCCUACAUUACCGGUGACCUCUGUCACUCCGUCUCAAGACCAGCUGGUGUCCGAAGGUGAAUGCCCUCAAGCUAGCCAGCACGUGCCACAGUCAGCAGCUGCUUCAAGAUCGGCAGACGAGGAGGGCGGCAUGGCAGGUGGUAUGCCGUUUGCGUCUCUGGAGUCAUCGACUGCCUCGUCGCCUCUUUCGUCUCCAUCGUCACCCUCUCAGGAUUUCCAAUCUGGUGACCUCGUUGCAUUUACCACCCAGAGUGACACUAGCCGAGACCAGCCCUGUUGCAUGAGCGCCACAACCCGUUCCCCCAGCGAAUCGGGUGCAGAGCCAGAUUUGUCCAGCCCCGACCGUAGCUCAUAUCAUAGUGUGUCAAGCACCGGCGGUGGACACACAGGCAACGGAGCAGCGACAGCUGAGGUGGGAGCCGGCACUUCGGAGGGAGGGGCAACAGAAAGCGGCGCAGUUGUGGGCUUUAUCAAAGAGCACGUGGUUGAGGAGGAGACGACAAACGAGGGAGAGAGAGGAGGUAGUCAAGAAGAGGAAAUACGGGAGACAAUGGUAGUAGGGAAGGCCCGGAGCAAUGAAUGGACGCGCCCCCCCCGAAGCUGCAUGUCACAGCCGUCAGAAUUAUACGCGGCCUGCGGAGCGGAAGCAGAUGCGGAACAGGAUAAUGAGAUGCCGGUUCAAGGCGAACGUACAGAGCGCUUGGAGGGAGAUGGCCUUCGAUCCGAAGUGUGUCCACAACGGUCGGACGAAAAUAUAGGUGGGGGGCUGGCGCUUCAGGGGGCCACCCAUCGAACGCCAAAUGAUCUGAUCGAUAUACUGGAACAAGUCGUCAAAACAUUGUGGGAGAACGUCUGGAAGCACACUCCAAAACAGUGGACUCGCAUUCAGUGCGCCUCUCGAGAAGUGGGUCUGCCUCCUAACGCAAACUGA